GGCCCCCGGAAGCACCUCUUUUUUCUUUCUUUUUUUCGCUCUGGUUGGCCAACGUUGAUCGCCGCCGGUCUCCCCACCCCUCCGCCCCACUAUUAAUACUAUUAUUAUUUUUUUGUUGUCUUUUCCCGUCCGAUAUUGUGGCCUAUCCUGUAAAGCUCUCCAUGCCGUCCCCUGAUUCCUUUUUUCCUAAGAGAAGAAGAAAAGAAACUUCUACCUUCCAUUUCCGUUUCCCCUUGCCCUUUUUCCCCUUCUUCUUUUGUCAACACCCAACCAAAUCGAUACCGAUCUGUCAAACAUCAUCGACCCAAGGUACUUACAGAAGCAGUCCCCCCGUGUCAAACGUGUCAAUCCGCUUGCUGUUCAGGCCGCGAGAUUGCUUAUGCAGAGGGUCCGGGUCGGGUUGUCUGCUUGUCAGCGCUCUCCCCAACAUCCAUCCUGUCCGCUUGACCCUUCUGGCCUCAAUUCUUCCUCAUUUCCGCCCCUCAAACGGGCUCCCCCCCUCCUCCUACAUGCGCUGUACGAGUACUAGUACUAUGGUUGUGAUUCCAUCAUCAUCAUCACCGUCGUCCUACUUCCUGCCCCACCCCCACUACUUCCACUCGUAGUUAUUUGCUCCUCCCGCACGUAGAUCCAUCCCUUCUCCUUCCCUUCUCCUUCCAAUUCCUAUCCUCCCUUCCCGCACAUCAUCCCCUCAGAUUCUACCCCAGUCAAUCAGCAGUACCGUAACCACCUCUCCACCUUCCCAACCCACUCAACAUAACCACAAUCACAGCCUAUCACUACAAAUUCACUACUAAAAAAACUACCAAUACAAUCCUUUGGCUUUCCUUCCUUUUUAAAAUUACGACGGUACCGGCCCCACCCCUGCUUCUCAUCUUUCCGCUCUCUCCUGCGCCUGGCGUCUUGCUCCUUAGACAACUGGUGGUUGCCGUUAUCUUGCGAGUCUAGCGUCUCCCGCCAGUCAGCAGACCGAGAAAAUCCGAGUCGCACAAAAAGGGGUGCUUUAGCACAGAAAUCUCCCCCCAGCAGCAGCUCUUAUAAGAUAUCCGGGCUUCCAAGUUCCAACACGGGCGAACAGCUGAUUGGAAAGGAAGAAUAAGUGAGAGGAAAAAAAGAAAGAAGAAAAAAAAGAGAGGAGGGGAAGAAUAUAAUAAUCCAUUAGCUCUCUACCCCCCCCCAUCCAUACCGCAGACAGACGGAUACAGAGGAGAGAAAAUCAAACCGAACGUCUGGUUUCGGUCUCGGCUUUCUAAACCCUAGCAUCCUACACCUCUUCCCCCUACCUACAGUACUUCUUCCCCUCCUCCCAUUUUCCUGGUUCUUCUGUUCCGGUUGGGAUUCAACAGCUCGAAUACCUCUGACCCUCUCGACCUUUGAUCCUUUCUACCCCUUGAGAGUCCCCUCCCCCUACACAAUGUCAGUGCGCGCGUACUUCCCACACCCAAAUCAUCCGGAUCAACCCCACAACGGACGCCCUCAUGGUAUCCCCCCAGCUCUGUCAAUGACUCGGGCAUCAUCGUCCUCAUCCUCCUCGCAGUCAGUCCCGACAGCAAACAAUGGACUGAUUCAAGGUCUUCAGCAACCUCCCUCCCAAUCAUGCAGAGGCGAUGGAAAUCGUAUCUACAGCUUAGAAGUCAAGCAGCAGCCCAUCAGGGCAAGGAUGUGUGGCUUCGGUGAUAAGGUAGGAUACACAAUACUUAAAAAGAGAUUCCAUUUCUCUCGUGACGAUAGAAGCACCACGUGCUGACGGGUUUCCGCAGGACCGACGGCCCAUUACUCCCCCGCCUUGCGUGAGACUAGUGGUGAAAGACGCGACUACCGGCAAGGAGGUUGAUAUCAAGUGAGUCAACAGAUGCCGUUUACCCCCUCCCCAAUUACCGGUAUGCAACUUCCCGACUAAACGUCUACGGUAAAUUAGUGAGGUAGACACUUCCUUCUAUGUCUUGACGGUAGAUCUGUGGUCUGCGGAUGCAUCCCGCGAGGUCAAUCUCGUCCGACAUUCUGCUACCUCCCCCUCGAUCUCGGCUGCGACUUCUUCAUCAUAUCCCCCACCGCCCGCUACCCCACCACCCCUUCAUCCUCAAACCACAACCCAUGAGAACCACAUUCCCCCCCACCAACAGCAGCUGCAGAGUCAGGGCUAUCCUCCUCCACCUCCACAACAGCAGCUACAACAUCAACACGCCUAUCCGGGAUAUCCUGCUCCUCCGCACGCAGCACUACCACCACCACCACCACCACCGCAGCAGCAAGUUUACUAUCAACCCCCCCCCAGCGCGCAGCCCUAUUAUCCGGGCAUGCAUGCCCCUCCACCACAACAGCCCCCCCAGCAGACCCCCUCAGGCAUGUUCACAAGAAACCUGAUCGGGAGUUUGAGUGCCAGCGCAUUCAAACUAACCGAUCCAGACAACAAAAUUGGUGUGUGGUUCAUUUUACAGGAUCUAUCCGUCAGAACCGAAGGCGCGUUCAGGUGAGAUUUCUACCCGCAAUAGUUUCACCACAACCCAGUAGUUUUCAAAAUUUACACUAAAUACGUGCAUAGAUUGAAGAUGAAUUUCGUUAACGUGGGGCGGGUGGAUGGUGGAGGGCUCAACACUGGUUCAGCUCCCGUUCUAGCAAGCGCUUUCUCGGAUAUUUUCCAAGUAUUUAGUGCGAAGAAAUUCCCUGGUGUGAUUGAGAGCACAAAUCUUAGCAAGUGCUUUGCAACUCAAGGUAGAACCCAUUUCGUUUUGGGGGGUUUUCUUGUUGCGUACGCUGAACAUCGCGUGAUUAGGUAUCAAAAUCCCGAUACGCCGUGAUAAGGGUGAUGGACCCGAAGUUUGAGCAGAAACUGAGACUUGAAAAAAAAAAAAAAAAGAAGGUGAUUGAGUGUGGAAAGGGGAAGAAAAAAGCAAGAAAAUAAAAGGAAAAAAAAGCGGUAUCUCAUUCAAACGGGUAUUUGGAUUUGGGCAUCAGUUCCCGGAGUAAGUUUUUGGAGGGUUUAUAACUGGAUCAUGCAUGGCUUUAUGUUGCCUUUAUUUUUUUUAAUUCGUUAUGCCCCAUGAUACCGAUCGGGUCUUCUUUUGUUUUUCACCUUUUCUCCCUUUUUGUUUUUUUGCCCAUUGUUUGUUUUCCAUUUCCUUUCCACCUACUUGACUCUAUUGGUUCGCAAUGGUCUAUUUUUAUCUCUUCUCUGCUUUUGUUUGUUUUGAAUGUUUG